AAACCAAUCCUAUUAUCAAACUUCUAACUAGUUUCUGGUAGACGUAAGACGUCUUCACUGAAUCUUGUAACGUACUAACGUCUUGUAGUUGUGGUCAACUUGUUUGUAAUCUGUGAUGUUCGUCCCCACCGUCAUUAUGUGUAACAAUAUUGUGUAUAUUAUGUGAAAAUAAGUGGGUCUCGUAUCUGAAUGCCGAGUAUCACAGUCUAUUAUAACCAAAACAAUUAUUGAAAUUCACUGAAACGAGACGGCAACUGGACCAUUCAAUUUAUGCUCGAAUUGUUUUCCGUAACGGUGAGUCCAACUAGACAAUAAUAUAAUGUGUUUGCCAUAACACUACGUACCUAAACUUCGUUGCGCGACUUUCAUCCGAUUGGAAUCUGUUUGAGAAAUGGGUUCCAAAAUAGAAUAUGUGGACUCGUCGCAGAUGUACGCUACAAACUAUGUGCGUAACGCCAAAGCGGUUGGCGUUUUGUGGGGUAUAUUUACAGUUUGCUAUGCAAUAAUUGUAGCAGUGGCAUUCAUCACUCCAGAAUGGAUAGGUGACACUACAACGUCUGAAAAUCCUGCUCGUUUCGGUCUAUGGAGCAGCUGUUACUUCGGCAAUGGUGUGUCGACUGCUGUCGAGGACUGUCAGGGAAAACUGGAAGAUCUGUCCAAUAUACCAAGUGUAGCCAUAAGAGUGGCGGCAAUUUUUGGCAGUGUGUCUGUGUGCAUAGCUAUAAUUAUUGUGGUGAUGUUGUUGUUCUUCUUCUUAUUUCAAUCGACAACAGUGUACCUUAUUUGUGGAUGGCUACAUGUUUUAUCUGCUGGGUGUCUGAUCGCAUCCAUUGUUGUUUUUCCAAUGGGCUGGGAUUCACCACAUAUUCAGAAAACAUGUGGUCCAGAGGCUAAAAGCUAUAGUCUUGGCGACUGUAAUUUUCGUUGGGCAUAUUUAUUAGCAAUCAUAGCAAGUGUGGAUGCACUUAUUCUAUCCGCUUUGGCUUUUAUCUUAGCCACUAGGCAUAUAAAACUUCAACCAGAACCCUUAUAUGCAUCAACAUUGCGCAAAGGUGAGCUCAAUGGUGGAUAUUUAGGUGACAGUAGUGCAUCAAUGGCUGGUUCUAGAAAGUCAUUGAAUUUGCAACCAGUUAUGUUGAUGCCACAGCCAAUGAUGGACCAAGAUCGGUUUUCUGAAUUUUCCAAUAGAACGGGUCGCUCUCAUAAAGGUGCCAUGUACAGACCGGAGUAUGCUUCAUCUAGUAUUCAUAAUUUUCAACUCUAAUGAAUUUCUUGAAAAAAUAUGAUACUUUUAGAUUUUACUCUUUUAGUAGAAGGAAGAUAAAACAGGGUUAAACCAUUAUUACAUAUUUGUAUGUAUAUUAAAUUAUUAAUUUGAAAGAUUAUAGCCAUUAAAUUAAAAGUAGAAUGUUGAUGUUAAAUUAUUUCCACUGUUAAUUAUAUAUUAUAUUUUUUUUUAAAGUGUAAAGGUCCCUACACACUGUGGCGGUGACACAUUUCACCGCUCACCGCUGCGGCAAAGCUAAGACAAUAGAAUUUAACGCCACCGCUGCAGUGUGUGUGGAUCUUUAGAAAUGUAACUAUUUUUUAAAAAUUAAUAUUGUUUCAAAUUUUGGGUAUAUCUAAAUGUUCAACUAUUUUAUUUUGUUUAUAUUUAAAAUGUAUAAGCAAUGCUUGAACAAAUUGUCCAAUAUUUUUAAGUAUUAUUGUGAAUCUCAGUAUCUUCAUUUGUUAGGUUAUUUAAACUAACACUUGACAUGUAAACAAUGAAUAUUAUUUUAUGAAGUCCGUCCAGUUAUAAACUAUUAUCUCUUUAUAUUUUUAUAUGUGUAUUAAUUAUGAAUCAUGUUAUUAUAACUGGUUUUACUUGGUAGAAAAUAAAAUACUAUACUUAUUAGUAAUUAUAA